UUUAAGGAAUCUGAAACAUCAAAUAAAUUUACAACAGAUAAUACGUUCCCUAAAAAGGAAGCAGAUACAUCUAUAAAAGAUCCUGAUCGAGAUGAAGAUAUAUCAACUGCUCUAGAGAAAGAAAUUGUUGAACUUAGAACAGAAUGUGAAAUGCCAUUGUCUUCUCGAAAAUUUCAAGUAGUAGAUACUGGAGUUAAAAAUAUGAUUUUCAUAACAACUACCUUACCAAAUCCAUUAGAAUUGGUUACUAAAAUUGUCUCCAAGUUGGAUAUAACCAAAGAACAAUGUACCAGAUAUUUAUUAAGAUUACUUCCAAUUGAAGUUGUAUGUAAAGCUUAUAUGGACAAUAUAAAGACAAAAGCAAGUGAAUUGUUUGAAAAGUAUUUUGCUCAAGAACCAAAGACAUUUAGUAUUGUGUUUAAUCGUCGCAGCAAUAAUAGCAUUAAAAGGGAUGAAAUUAUACAAGAUUUGGCAGAAAUAAUUUUAAGAAAAAAUCCUGGUAAUAAAGCAGACUUGAAAAAUCCAGAGAUAGCUGUGAUAGUUGAAGUGAUACGUGGGAUUUGCUUAUUAUCUAUCGCUCCCAAUUACUAUAAAUUUAAGAAAUACAAUCUCCUUGAAAUAUGCAACAGUGCAAAAAAUAAGAUAAUUGUUAAGAAAAAAUAUGAAGAAGAAGUAACAAAUUCAGCAAGUAAAGAAAAGUAUGAAGAGGAUAUAAAUAUAGAAAUAACAAGUAUAGAAGAAAAAAAAAAUAUACUGAUGAUAAUGAACAUUUGAAUACACAGAGUGAAAUACAAGAAUAAAUUAAUUAAUAUUAA